UUGAUGAUUUGCACAAGUCUGACAAGGGCAGCUAAGAAAAUACUUGUCCAGCAAUUUAAGUCGAAAUAUUUUUCGGUGACAUGUUCAAGAACGACGUCAUCGUUUACAUACGUUCCAGACACAGCGUCUCCAGAACAUGGGGAGACAACUCGUAUGAACCUUUUCCAGUCUGUUACAAGUGCUCUUGAUAUUUCCCUGGCAAAUGACCCUUCAGCUGUUAUAUUUGGUGAAGAUGUGGCCUUUGGUGGAGUAUUCAGAUGUACAGUUGGACUGAAGGACAAAUAUGGAAACGAACGUGUAUUUAACAGUCCACUAAGUGAACAAGGAAUUGUUGCAUUUGGUAUCGGUUUAGCAGCCGCAGGCUCUACAGCAAUAGCAGAAAUUCAGUUUGCUGAUUAUAUAUUCCCGGCAUUUGAUCAGAUACGGAAUGAGGCUGCUAUGUUCCGCUUCCGAUCAGGGAAUCUGUUUGACGUGGGCAAGCUGACUAUCCGAUCACCCUGUGGUGCGGUGGGCCACGGCGCCCUCUAUCACUCGCAGAUGGUGGAGGCUUUCUUCGCUCACAUGCCAGGCAUCAAGGUUGUCAUUCCGCGAGGUCCGAUAGAAGCCAAGGGUCUGCUGUUGAGUUGUAUAAGAGAUGACAACCCGUGCAUAUUCUUCGAACCGAAGAUCCUCUACAGAGCGGCUAUUGAGGAGGUGCCUACUGGAGACUACUCAAUACCACUGUCUGAGGCCGAGGUCUUGAUAGAAGCGAGGCAUUUAAUUGUGAGGAAAUUGUGUUUGUAUUUUCAGUCGGUCAGUAAAACUGGGAAGGUGGUGAUAGCUCACGAAGCUCCAUUAACAAUGGGAUUUUCUGCCGAGAUGGCCGCGGUCAUUCAGAACGAGUGUUUCUUGAAUCUCGAGGCUCCAAUCCAGCGUGUGUGUGGGUACGACACGCCCUUCUCAUGCGUUCACGAACCGUUCUUCCUGCCAGACAAAUGGAGAUGUUUUGAAGCUGUUAAGAAACUUGUUAGUUUUUGAUGCAGCUGUAUGAUGUGUUCCUGUGUAUUGUUGAGAAUGUCAGGAGGUUUAUUUCUCGGGUAGGAACUCUGAUAGUGUUUAAUUAGAUCAGAAAUUGUGGAAACCUGAUCAUGAAUAUUAACUUUACUGUACUUGUUACCUCCACAUAGUUACAGUAUGACAACACUACUGCAGUAGUUUUCAUUACCCUUUAAAGGAUGAUUUGAUUAUAUGUGUGGGUUUUUUAAAGUUUCUUUUUUCUUUGAAAGGAGUUGGUUUUUUCCUUUCUAUGAUAGUAUUUAAUUAGGGCAGAUGGUUGCAGAAAUAGAAUCAUGAAUAUUACUGUUACUGUACAUGUGACAUCCACAUGGUUACAGUAUAACAAAACUGCGGCAGUAGCUUUCAUUAGCAUUUACAGGAUGAUUUAAUCUGAUUUGAACUUUUUUCUCUGGGAUAUAUUCUGAUAGUAUUUAGAUUGGAUAAUUACAGAAAUAUGAUCAUGGAUAGUAGUGCUACAGUUGAAAUGGUGUCCAUAUGGAUACAGUAUGACCAAUGCUACUGCAGUAGGCCUCAUUGUACUUUUCAGGUGAUUUUAUCUAAGCAUGGGUCUUUGAAAAUAGCUUUAUUUCUCUGGUAUGAACUGCAAUAAAAUAUUUAAUUAGA